AUGAAGCGGUACUUUGGGGAGAAGAUUGGGCUGUAUUUUGCCUGGUUGGGCUGGUAUACAGGUAUGCUGAUCCCUGCUGCUCUAGUCGGCCUCUUCGUCUUCCUCUAUGGGCUUUUCACAAUGGACUCCAGCCAAGUAAGUAAAGAGAUCUGUGAGGCCAACACCACUAUCAUGUGCCCCAUGUGUGAAGGCAACUGCAGCUCUUGGACGCUGAGUGAUAGUUGUGUCUAUGCAAAGGUGACCCAUCUUUUUGACAAUGGAGGCACAGUCUUCUUUGCUAUCUUCAUGGCAAUAUGGGCCACGGUAUUCCUUGAGUUCUGGAAGAGGAGAAGGGCGGAGCUAACCUACGACUGGGAUUUGAUUGACUGGGAGGAAGAGGAGUGUAAAUCCUGUGUCAUGGUGUGUUCUGAGGAGCUACGGCCCCAGUUUGAAGCCAAAUACUCCCGGAAGGAGAGAGUAAACGCCAUCUCAGGGAAACCAGACCCCUUCCAGCCCUUCACAGACAAACUCAGCCGACUCAUGGUGUCUGUUUCGGGAAUCUUUUUCAUGAUCUCUCUGGUCCUGACAGCCGUGUUUGCCGUGGUGGUGUUCCGGCUCAUUGCCAUGGAGAAGUUUGCUUCCUUUCAGUGGGAGUUUGUGAAGAAGAACUGGCAGUUCGCCACCUCAGGCACUGGAGUCUGCAUCAACUUCAUGAUCAUCAUGUCUCUGAAUGUGGUCUAUGAGAAAGUGGCCUACCUACUUACAAACCUGGAACACCCACGGACAGAGUCAGAAUGGGAAAACAGCUUUGCCCUCAAGAUGUUCCUCUUCCAGUUCGUCAAUCUCAACAGCUCGACCUUCUACAUAGCUUUCUUUUUAGGAAGGUUUGCUGGCAGGCCGGGUGACUAUAAUAAGCUGUUUAACCGGUGGAGGAUGGAGGAGUGUCAUCCCAGUGGUUGUCUGAUCGACUUGUGCCUACAGAUGGGAGUGAUUAUGGUGUUGAAACAGAUCUGGAAUAACUUCAUGGAGCUGGGCUACCCACUGCUGCAGAACUGGUGGUCCCGGCGUAAGAUGAAACGAGCAGGAGAGCAGAAUAACAGUAAAGAACAGCUGCCGCAGUGGGAUAGAGACUGGAACCUGCAGCCCAUGAACGCACACGGCCUGGUGGACGAGUACCUGGAGAUGGUUCUGCAGUUUGGUUUCACUACAAUCUUUGUGGCGGCAUUUCCUCUGGCUCCUCUGCUUGCUCUGCUCAAUAACAUCAUCGAGAUCCGAUUAGACGCCUACAAGUUUGUCACGCAGUGGAGAAGACCGAUGCCUGCCCGCGCUACUGAUAUUGGAAUCUGGCAUGGUGUCCUGGAGGGAAUUGGAGUUGUGGCUGUCAUAACAAAUGCCUUUGUCAUUGCCAUCACUUCAGAUUACAUCCCUCGCUUUGUCUAUGCUUUUAAAUAUGGGCCCUGUGUGGACAAGGGUUACCGGCACGAGAAAUGUCUAAGAGGAUACUUGAACAACAGCUUGUCUGUUUUUGAUAUGGGUGAAUUAAAAAAUGGGAGUUAUCAUACUCGAUACUGCAGGUAUCGAGAUUACAGAGCGCCUCCAUGGAGUCCUGAACCCUAUGAGUUCACCCUGCAGUUCUGGCAUGUUUUGGCUGCCAGAUUAGCCUUUAUCAUAGUCUUUGAGCACCUGGUGUUUGGCAUUAAGACCUUCAUAGCCCACAUGAUUCCAGACAUGCCCAAAGACCUGUGUGAUCGCAUGCGCAGGGAGAAAUACCUGAUGCAGGAGAUGGUGUAUGAGGCAGAACUGGAGCACUUGCAGAAAGAGCGGAAAAAGAACGGCAAACGUUAUCACCAUGAGUGGCCUUAGCCAUGCCUGUCCAUAAAUACACACACAAAAAAAUGCCCACUGGAGAACCACACGCACUACCCACAAAAGCACAUAAUGACUUGAGAAUGGUAAACAAGCAUCUUUGCAACAUGCACAACUGCAGCACAUAUGUGAACACAGACAUUCAUGUACAACCGUUCUGCUACCUUGGACGGCUAGCUUUAUUGACUCCAUGCAUGGGCUGCCCACUUUUCAUUGCUGUGACAAACCAGGGAGCGUAUUCAGUGUUUGAGGUCAAAACCUGAUCUCCGGGUGGCCCUUUAGAGCCAGGAGUUGGCAGCUGUACUCUGCACCAAAGAGGUUCUUCUCAGUCCCUACCCGAGACCUCUGAUUAUCCUACACUUUCAUCCUGCUGAGUGCGUUUACACACUAGAGCAGUAGUUCUCAAACUGUAGUGAUUGGCUACUUAAACUGUUGUCUCAUUUAGGUUCAUUAGCUAAAAGUAGCUAUUAAAGCAGUCUGGCAAAUAGGGGUGUGCACGAAUAGUCGAACAUUCGAAUAUUCGGUCUGUAAUUAUUAUUCGAACAAUAAAAACACUAUUCGAAUUUUACUAUGUGUUGAUUUGC